UGGUUACGGGAGCUCUGUGGUAGGGAGAGCUAGCCGGCUAGCAGCGUCUCUCAAUCCUUUCUCUCUUUGUCACGGUAUUCAUAUCUACCGUCGGCUCUUUGUGCAAAGUAGAGACAGUCACGAAUGGUGAAGAUAGAAUGCAGAGUUCUCAACUUGUUUUCUGUUCACUUAUUGAAAGCUGCACAUAUAUGGCGUUUGUCAGUGUGAGUGGAGACUUCUGCCAGGCACAGCACCUGGUCAUUGUAGACAAGUGAACAGAGGGCCUGCCAUAUGAAGAUUAUACUACCUGACUGCCCGUCUUAAAUUCUGCACUUUCGGGGAGCAUCUUUUUUUGUCCAGAGUUAAAGUGUAUGAAUCGGUUUGAGCCAAUCCAGGUACUAGAGAGCGAAUCUUUGUUCCUUCUCUCUAGUGCCAACUAAUCAUCUCUCCUCUCCUGAAUGGGUCCAAUUAAAUUUGAGUGUCAAAAUGAAUCGCCCUGCUCCUGUUGAGAUCACCUACGAAUGCAUGAGGUUUCUCAUCACCCACAAUCCCACCAAUUCACAGCUGGUCAAGUUUACAGAGGAACUGAAGAGUUUUGGAGUGCAGACGCUUGUCCGGGUUUGUGAUGCAACUUAUGACAAAACACCAGUGGAAAAAGAAGGCAUUGAAGUUUUGGAUUGGCCUUUUGAUGAUGGUUGUUCGCCCCCUGACCAAAUUGUUGAUGACUGGUUGAACCUUCUCAAAUGUAAAUUUAAAGAUGAACCAGGCUGUUGCAUUGCAGUACAUUGCGUUGCUGGAUUGGGACGAGCUCCUGUCUUGGUGGCCAUAGCCUUAAUCGAAUGCGGGAUGAUGUAUGAAGAUGCUGUCCAGUAUAUUCGUCAGAAAAGGCGUGGGGCUUUUAACGCCAAACAACUUAUGUACCUUGAAAAAUACAAACCCAAGAUGCGCCUGCGCUUCAAGGAUGCCAAUGGUCAAAACUGCUGCAUUCAGUAAAUAAACAUUCAUCUAAAUGAUCUUUGGAAACUAUUGACAUAAUUGUUAUUGUUAGUGUUGUUAUGAGCAGUUUUUGUUUGAUUACUAUAUUGGACCAGGAUUUUGCUGUACUACAGUGCCAAGCACACAAACAGGUUUAGUGCAGUAUUAGUGUUUUUUUGUUUUUUUUACCAAACAGUCAAGCCAAUCUUGUAAACUCACAGGCAAAGCAGUGUCUCACUAGUGAUGCUUCUCGUUGUGACAAACGCAUUGGUAUAAUGAUUGACUGCAGUUGUUCGUUUUUAUGCCCUAUCUAAAACUUGGUGUCCCCAGUUUUCUGGAUUGUGUAACAACAUCCUGCAGUGAUCAGCAUCCUGCAGUAAGUGAACUCACUUUGUUGGUGCUUCUCUUGAAGUCUGUCAGCUUCUCCAGAGUUACAUGGGCACAACUACUGUAUCUAAUGUUAUAGAUAUUAAACAUUCCAAGAGAUUCACAGCACUGUUGGACACUAGAUUAUUGUCAUCAGUAAAAAGGACUGAUGAAUGAAAUCCUAGAUAAUCCAAUCAACAAAAUUUCCUCUCCAAACUGAUUGUGAAAUGAGUCAAAUUCAAAAAAUAAAA